UUCAUCGGGGACAGGGACAAUGUCUACCGUGUCAGCCUGGAGCCCAGUGGGGCUGGUGAGAUGCGCUACCACAGGAAGCUCACAUGGCGCUCGAACCAGCACGACAUCAGCAUCUGCAGGAUGAAGGGAAAACACGAGGCAGAGUGCCGAAACUUCGUCAAGGUGCUGCUGGUGAGGAAUGAGAGUCUUCUCUUUGUCUGUGGCACCAACGCCUUCAACCCUGUCUGCGCCAACUACAGUAUGGACACACUGGAGCCUGUUGGGGACAACAUCAGCGGCAUGGCCCGAUGUCCCUACGACCCCAAGCAUGCCAACGUGGCCCUCUUCACAGGGGGGAUGCUCUUCACAGCCACGGUGACAGAUUUCCUGGCCAUCGACGCCGUCAUCUACCGCAGCCUCGGGGACAGCCCAACCCUGCGCACCGUCAAACACGACUCCAAGUGGUUCAAAGAGCCUUACUUCGUGCACGCCGUGGAAUGGAGGAGCCACGUCUACUUCUUCUUCCGGGAGAUCGCCAUGGAAUUCAACUACCUGGAGAAGGUGGUGGUGUCACGAGUGGCUCGAGUGUGCAAGAACGACAUGGGGGGCUCCCAGAGGGUGCUGGAGAAGCAGUGGACCUCCUUCCUCAAGGCUCGGCUCAACUGCUCCGUGCCAGGAGACUCACAUUUCUACUUCAACGUCAUCCAAGCUGUGACAGACAUCCUGGAGCUGGACGGGCGCCCCGUGGUGCUGGCUGUUUUCUCCACACCUGCCAACAGCAUUCCUGGCUCAGCUGUCUGCGCCUUCGACAUGACCCAAGUGGCUGCUGUCUUUGAGGGACGUUUCCGGGAGCAGAAGUCACCUGAGUCCAUCUGGACACCUGUGCCUGAGGACAUGGUGCCAAAGCCACGGCCUGGGUGCUGUGCGUCCCCGGGGAUGAGAUACAACUCCUCCAGCUCCUUCCCCGAUGAGAUCCUCAACUUUGUCAAGACUCACCCCCUGAUGGACGAGGCAGUGCCAGCCCUGGGCAAUGCUCCCUGGAUCCUCCGCACCAUGACCCGGUACCAGCUGCGCAAGAUCGUGGUGGACAACGCGGCAGGGCCGUGGGGCAACCACACCGUGGUCUUCCUGGGCUCCAGCACUGGCACUGUCCUCAAGUUCCUCAUCCUGCCCAAUGCCACCAGCAGCCCUGCACCCACUGCCCCUGGCAGCCAGAGCAUCUUCUUGGAGGAGUUUGAGACCUACCACCCUGGGAG